GUACCUUCCCCCACUCUCUCUCUCUCUCUCUCUCUCUCUCUCUGAAAAAGAAAAAGUUAUAAAAUUGUUUCAAAUUGCUUGUAAGUAGGAGGGGGCAGCUAAAAGAUAAGUGUUAAAUGCCCACCACCUACUUCUUUUAGCUCUCUUUUCCUUGAAGACUUGUAGAGCAUUCUCCUUAUUCCAAGCUUGGAAGCAACCACUUCAUUUUUUUCUCCUCUCUUGCUCUCUCUCUCAGCUCAAGUUCUGUUUCCCAGUUCAUUUUUUUUGGCUUUGAGAAUUUUUUGUUGGGUUUCAGUUCUCUGUUGUUAAACAUGAGUAAACAAGAGUUAAUGAAGAUGCAGCAGACUUGUGUUCUGAAAGUGAAUAUACAGUGUCACUGUGAUGGGUGUAAGAAGAAAAUAAAGAAACUUCUGCAGAAAGUUGAUGGAGUGUAUAACACCACAGUAAAUGCAGAGCAAGGGAAGGUAACUGUAACAGGAAAUGUUGACCCAGCAAAACUCAUAAAGAAGCUUGAGAAGUCAGGGAAGCAUGCAGAGCUAUGGGGUGCUCCAAAGGGCUUCAACAACUACCAAAACAUUGUCUACAAUCAAUUGAAGAACACGCAAAUUGAUAAUGGCAAAGAUAACAAAUCUCAAAAGGGUGGAAAAGGAGGCCAACAAGGGCAACAUCAAAUGCAACAGUUUAAAGGAUCUCAAGAUCUAAAGAUGCAACCUCAUAAAGACCAGAAAACUGUCAAGUUCAAUUUGCAGAAUGAUUAUAUUGAUGCAAGUGAUGAUGAUGAUUUUGAUGAUGAUUUUGAUGAGUUUGAUGAUGAUUUUGAUGAUGAGGAUGAGGAGUUUGGUCAUGGUUAUGGACAUGGUCAUGGCCAUGGUCAGGCUCAGGGUCAAGUUCAUCAUUUGCCUAACAAAAUGAUGCCCAUGAUGGGCAAUGGUCAUGAAGCACAUGGUUCUCAUGGUAUGAUUAAUGGGCCUAUGUUUGAUGCUAAGAAGGGGGGUGGUGGUGGAGGAAAUGCCAAGAAAGGGGGAGGGAAUGCCAAGAAAGGUGGUGGUGAUUUUGAGAUAUCUUUGGACAUGAAGGGCAAAGGCAAAGGCAACAAUAAUGAUGGCAAGAAUGGCAAUGGAGGAAAGAAAGGUGGAGGUGGUGAUGGGAAGAAUGGUCAUAGCAAGGGAGGAGGGAAUGGAAAACAAGAUGGUAAAGAUAAAAAUGGUGGCAAAAGUGGAUUUGGAGGAUUCUUGAGUUUUGGUAGGAAGAGUAAAAAUGGAAGAGAAGAUGACACUGAUAAGAAGAGCUCCAAUAAUGGUGGCUCAGCUGGAAACAAUAAUUCCAAUGGGGCCAAGAAAGGUGGAGGCAAAAAUGAUGGGAUCCAUGCCUCUAACAAAAUCAAACAAUCCUACCAUGAAAUUGAUGUUAACAGGGGUGGUGGAGGUGCCAAGAACAAGAGCCAGAUGGGUCAAAUGGGACAGAUGGGUCAAAUGGGCCAGAUGGGCCAGAUGGGUCAAAUGGGACAGAUGGGCCAGAUGGGUCAAAUGGGCCAGAUGGGUCAGAUGGGCCAAAUGCGCCCAAUGGGUAAUUUUCCAGCAGUGCAAGGACUCCCUGCACAAGCAGCAGCCAUGAAUGGUGGGUACUAUCAAGGGAUGAUGGGAGGAGGCAACCCUUACAAUCAACAAUACAUGGCAAUGAUGAUGAAUCAGCAGAGGCAAAAUUGGAAUGAUAGGUUUCAACCAAUGAUGUAUGCGGGGCCGCGUCCGGCUGUUAAUUACAUGCCGCCGCAUCCGAUGGCUGAUCCCUACACUCACUUCUUCAGUGAUGAAAAUGCCAAUAGUUGCAGUAUAAUGUGAAGUUGGUAGAGUAGGUUUAAUAAUGUUUUAGGUUAUUUGGGAUAUGAUCUUUUGUAACGGGUGAUUGAAUAUACAAAGGGUGUAAGGUUUUGAAUUUACCUUUUACCUAUGUGAUGGAAGUUGGAAAUAGUUCAGUAAUUUUUGUUUCAAA